AUUUAACCCGCUGCCUCUUUAAAGCCACCUGUAGCGGAUCUCUAUCCUCCAAAGGAAAUUAACCUCCGAAAGCCACCGAGUUAACGGACAUAAAGCUCUUGACACGGAAGACAUCUUCUGUUUUAAUUAUUUUUCCGUUAUCAUUAUCUUUUUUUUUUUUUUUUUUUUGGUAUAAACGACACUUAAGUAGAGAACUAUGUUACUGACGCAUCAACUAUUCCUAUUAAUAUUAAUCUCUACUUCAGAUACAUCCACCACAAGCACAAACUCAGCCAGUGAUUCAACACACACCCCAAUCACUGAUACUGUUGCAGUAACAAGCAUUCCAUCUGAGAAUACAACUACACCAUUCGCAAACAAUGCCACAACCCCACUGCUGUCAACGCAUGCUAGCAAUGUCACAUCUCCACCUUUAUCUACUCAAGGCAACGUGACAAGCUUAUCUACAGUUGUACCAGAAAAUGCUACCAGUUCAUCAGCGAUUACACCAGGAAAUGCCACAGCUUCACCUGCACCUGUAACAACAGCAGCAGCCAGAACCACAAGUCCACUUGUGCCUACACCAGAGAAUGCUACAAACCAUCCUGUAACUUCACCAGACAAUGCCACAACUGGUCCUUUACCUGAGCCAGGCAACAGCACAAACCCACUCCAAACUACAAGAGGCAAUGACACUACUCCCAUUAGCACACCAAGCAACAGCACAGCUUCACCAAUUACAACACCAAGCAAUGUCACAAUUACAACACAGACUACACCAGGUAAUGCUACAACAGCAAACCGUGCCACAACUCCACCCUUAAGCACAUAUAUUUCAAAUCAAAGAAACAAUGCAACAGUAAACGUUACCACACCACCUAUGACUACACCUGUAAAUGUUUCUACACCACUUCUAACUACAUCAGCUCAUAACACAACAGUUAAUGCUACCACACCACCCAUGACUACACCAGUAAAUGCUACUAUACCACCUUUAACUACACCAGAGAAUAAUGCAACAGUAAAUGCUACCACACCACCCAUGACUACACCAGUAAAUGCUACUAUACCACCUUUAACUACACCAGAGAAUAAUGCAACAGUAAAUGCUACCACACCACCCAUGACUACACCAGUAAAUGCUACUAUACCACCUUUAACUACACCAGAGAAUAAUGCAACAGUAAAUGCUACCACACAACCCAUGACCACAACAGUAAAUGCUACUACACCACCCAUAACUACACUCGAGAAUAAUGCAACAGUAAACGUUACCACAACUCCCAUGACUACACCAGUAAGUGCUACUAUACCACCUUUAACUACGCCAGAGAAUAAUGCAACCGUAAAUGCUACUACAUCACCCAUGACUACACCUGGGAACAAUGCAACAGUAAAUGCUACCACACAACCCAUGACCACAACAGUAAAUGCUACUACACCACCUUUAACUACACCAGAGAAUAAUGUAACAGUAAAUGGCACCACACCACCCAUUACUACAACAGUAAAUGUAACUACACCACCUUUAACUACACCAGGAAACAAUGCAACAGUAAACGCUACCACACCACCUAUGACUACACCAGGAAACAAUGCAACAGUUUCUACACCACUUCUAACUACUUCAGUUAAUAACACAACAGUUAAUGCUACCACACCACCCAUGACUACACCAGGGAGUAAUGCAACAACAACAGUAAAUGCUACUACACCACCCAUAACUACACUCGAGUAUAAUGCAACAGUAAAUGCUACUACACCACCUCUAACUACACCAGGAAACAAUGCAACAGAAAACGCUACCACACCACCUAUGACUACACCUGUAAAUGUUUCUACACCACUUCUAACUACUUCAGUUAAUAACACAACAGUUAAUGCUACCACACCACCCAUGACUACACCAAGGAAUAAUGCAACAACAACAGUAAAUGCUACUACACCACCCAUAACUACACUCGAGAAUAAUGCAACAGUAAACGUUACCACAACACCCAUGACUACACCAGUAAGCGCUACUAUACCACUUUUAACUACACCAGAGAAUAAUGCAACAGUAAAUGCUACUACACUCCCCAUGACUUCACCAGGGAACAAUGCAACAGUAAAUGCUACCACACAACCCAUGACCACACCAGUAAAUGCUACUAUACCACCUUUAACUACACCAGAGAAUAAUGCAACAGUAAAUGCUACUACACCACCCAUGACUACACCAGGGAACAAUGCAACAGUAAAUGCUACCACACAACCCAUGACCACAACAGUAAAUGCUACUUCACCACCUUUAACUACACCAGAGAAUAAUGUAACAGUAAAUGGUACCACACCACCCAUGACUACACCAGGGAAUAAUGCAACAACAACAGUAAAUGCUACUACACCACCUCUUACUACACCAGUGAACAAUGCAACAGUAAAUGCUACUACACCACCCAUAACUACACCAGUUAAUAACACAACAGUUAAUGCUACCACACCACCCAUGACUACACCAGGGAAUAAUGCAACAACAACAUUAAAUGCUACUACACCACCUCUAACUACACCAGUGAACAAUGCAACAGUGAAUGCCACCACACCACCCAUGUCUACAACAGUAAAUGCUACUACACCACCCAUCACUACUCCAGUAAAUGCUACUACACCACCGCUUACUACACCAGGGAAUAAUGCAACAGUAAAUGCUACCACACAACCCAUAACUACACCAGGAAACACUACAACAGAGAAUGCUACCCUACCACCUCAGUCUACACCAGGAAAUGCUACUACACCACCCAUAACCAACUCAACAACUGGACCCACUGUCUCUACCACUAACCCAACUAACACUACAACCACACCAGCUACCUGUCCUGCAGUGCCCUGUCCACCACUCAGUGUCUGUGUGAACUCCACCUGUCAGUGCGUGACAGGAACUAUUCCUUUAAAUAAUGCCUGUGUGGAAACUAAAACCUUCACUAGUUCACUUCGGGUGAACCGCACUUUUGUAAAUGCUAUGAAUGAUCCCAAAUCACCUGAAUUCCAGGAAACUGCUAAAGAGAUAAUUACUGCGGUAAAUGAAGCUCUGCGUAACCAGCCAAACUACAUUAAGAGCACAGUAAUUAAACUGAUGUCUGGCAGUAUAGUGGCCUCAGUAAACAGUUUUUUUGAGCCCAAUUCUCUAGUCACACAGGAAUCGGUUAUAUCUGCCAUGAAUACUGCUAUAAGAGAUUGUAAUGUGACAAACUGUAGCAUUCUUGCUAAUGCACAAUACACUGUAACCAACCUGUGUGAGCAAGAUCUUCCUCCUUGUGAUGUUGACACUACAGUGUGUGAGGCCAAAGAUGGGACCCCUGUUUGUACCUGUAAACCUGGCCAUGUAUCUAGCCAAUACCAGGCCAGAAGCUGUAGAGUUUGCCCUAGUGGAUACAAAGCGCAAGAGAACAUGUGUGUUCAAUGUCCAUUUGGCUAUUCUGGAUUCAACUGUGACGACUCCUCUUUGUUGGCUCUAGUGGUGGUGGCGUGUGUGUUAGGGGGAAUUCUACUCAUUGUGAUUUUGGCUGUUCUCAUCUACAUCUGUGUAACUCGUGGCAAGAAGUCAUCAAACAGCAAUUAUUACAGCAGCCCGUACCCUGCUGAGGAGUUCCGGGCCACGUGGCCCUCUCAGAACGUAACCCAUAUUCCUCGUGCCACUCUGGCAUCUAGUUCCAGCAUUGAUGCCACUGGCAACAGUCUAGAGAUGGCUGAAGGGCCAGGCAGGAAAGGCCACAGUAAUGGAUUGAAGAUUGGAGGAAAGUCGGGCUCGUAUGACCUCAGAACAGAUGGCAUGAGGACCUUUAAGGACAUAAACCCCACACGGUACUCUUAUCUGAUGGGUCAUGAAAACCCCUACUUCACACAAGGAAAUGAGAAGAGAUGAGGAAAACAGCAGAGAAAUCCAGUGAGAAGUAAGAGGACAAGAAAAGAGUGCAAUAACAACAUGAAUUAUAAAAAGGCCUUGGAUCAAAAUGUUUCAGGAACGUUAACACUGUCAAAACCAAACAGCUGAUCACAGACUCAAAGAAUAUACACAAACGGAAUUUGAGAGAUAAUUAUAUAUAUAUAUAUAUAUAUAUGUGUGUGUGUGUGUGUGUAUUUUACAGUUUUUAUUCCAAAUCUCUUUCACCCAGGAUAAAAUGCUCACUUCCUAAAAGUGCAUUGAUGAUUGGGUUCUUCCACCACAAGCUUGAUAAACAUGUCCUGUGUAUGACAAUGUGUUCUGUGUAUGACAAUGUUAGAUGAACACUCAACCACUCAUCUGUUGAUACAGUAUCUGUAUUUAUUAGUUUAUUUGUUUGUUUGUUUGUUUUGUCACUUCUUAUGUUUUGUCUGCACAUUUUAUAUUCAGAGUUUUUUUAUAUGACAGAGAUCAUGCAUAUGUUACUGUGGUUUUCAACUCAAAAAUUCAUAUUACGUUAUUAUAAAGUAUAUAAUAUAACCAUAUUUUGGCACAUUUUAUUUAAAAAUCUUAUCUGUGGAAGCAAUAAGGGUAGACUAUACAAUGUAAUCCAGUAGUUCUGAUGCAUCUAAUCUAUAUUCUGACAGUAACUGCACUUUGUAGGAGAGAGCAUGUCAUGUCUGGUGUCUAUGUUUGUAUGUGUUUUAAGUUAUAUCUAUCAGAAAGCUUCUGAUACAUUCAGUUAUUAAGUUUUGGUCGAUAUCUUCUCCAAAGAAUUUAUUUAUUUUAUGCCAGGACAAUGCAUGCCACCAGAAAUUGAUCUCUGUGCCUGACUGCGAUGGUGUCUUUUGAAUAGGAGAAUUAUGCAAUGAUGAGAAGUUCUCAACCACGUUGAGAGUUCUCGUGCCAAUAAUUAUAUUUAUUUAAAUCAGAACAUGAUGUUGUUUACUCAGCUGUCUGUUUGCUUCAUAUAUAUAUACACUUAUUUAUGUUUAACUGGGAUAUUUUCUAUAAAGCUUUUGU